GACGAAAGUCUUAUUAGUUUUUCCUUAUAAAGCAAAAAAUUGAAGGGUAACGUGUCAACCUACUCAACACUAAUCAAUGUGGGACUUUUGAAUUUGGGCCACAAAAAAUAAUUGAUUCUGUCUUAUCUUGCUAGCAAGUCCCAAUAAUGACCCAAAAUUUGGAUUUAGCAUAUGCGGCCACGUAAUGCAAUGCUUAAUUACUUGCUUUAACAUUCAUCACUGACUGUGACAUGCACCCAAACUAAAACUAAACUAUUUUUGCCUUUAGCUCAUGCUGCUAGGUGUCUCUCUUCAGUUUAUUCCUUGCUUGCAUUGAUCUCUGCUUCAGUGUCGUUCACUUUGAUUUUGAGUUUCCUAUUUAAUUUGUAGCUUCCCAUUCAGCACUACUGCUCUAGAUAUAUAAUUGUGGCAGUAGAAGCUUAGAAUCACUUAGAAUAUUUUGAUAGAAAAUGAGUGAUUGGGGUCCUGUGGUGAUAGCAGUGGUGCUGUUUGUGUUGCUGAGUCCUGGUCUUCUGAUUCAAGUUCCAGGGAAGAGCAGAGUGGUGGAGUUUGGGAACAUGCAAACCAGUGGAGUCUCUAUCUUGAUCCACACCAUCAUCUUCUUUGGUCUCAUUACCAUAUUUCUUAUUGCUAUUGGUGUGCAUAUCAACACUGGCUAAUUCCAUUCUCUGUUUAAUUUA